AUUACAAUCUACAUUUGUUCACCCCCGCCUUUACUACAUCCAUUUGGACCAUCAGCAACAUCGUCCCAAGCCUUUAUCUAAAGCCAGAAAACGCAUAGACUCUCCUCCAUUCGAUCUUCGACGACGCAUAAUUUCGAUGGCAUUACUACUAGCCGGUGCAGUUCCAAUAGUGGCUCUCACUCCACCACUCUCCUCAUCACACGCCGUCUCUUCUCUUCCGGUGAAAUCUUCUUCGUCGUUGUCGUUUUCCGUCACCUGCCCGAGCCUUCCAUUGAUCUACUGCGGAAGAGGAGAUAAGAAGACGGCAAGAGGCAAGCGUUUCAAUCACUCAUUUGGAAAUGCCAGACCGAAGGAUAAGCGUAAGGGGAGAGGACCACCUAGGGUUUCGAUUCCGCCCUCUGCCCCGAAGAAGGAUCCGUUUGAUGACGUUGAGGUGGUUGACAUUGAAAUUGACGAGUCUAUAAGGUGAUGCUUCAGAUGUGAUUUCUGAGCAUAUUUCAGUUUGUAAUCUCAGAUUAUAAGUGUAAGUUGUGUAACUUGAUUGAAAAUUUGAAAUUUACUGAUAAUCAUUUGGCUACUUUGUGAAUCGAGGGAUCUGUGUUUUCUGUGUCUUAGAGCAGUUAGAAAUGUGGUAUAUCAUUAUAUGGAAGGUUGUAGUUGGAAAAUUAAUUUCAAUAUAUUUUGUUUAUGGAUUAUAAACAUUUGUGUAUAGUGUCUAUAUGUAUA